AUGAAUGUCGAAGAUAGCAAUGUUGAAAAAGAUGUAUUUGCACAUGACCAGGAUAGAAAACGAAAGAAAAGAGUUAUAGAAACAGCUAAGGAACGAGAAAUACGACUUGAACGUAGACCCAAAGAACAAAAAGCGCUUAUUGAGCAAAAUCACCAACAACGGCUAGAGACAAAUACUGAUAAUGAAAAUAUUAACAGUGAAUCUACAAGUAGAGGGAAAGAAAAUCAGGCAUAUAAUGAAAAUACUACAAACGAUGAAAUUGAUAACUAUAAUAUUGAUAUUAAAUCUUUAAAUGAGAAUCAAAAGAAAAUUCUUGAAAGAUUAGAACACUGGGAGAUGUUAAUGGAAAGGUUACCUGAAAAAUUGACUAUAGAAGAACAGGAAGCCUUCUCUAAUGCUACCUAUGUUUUACCUGCAUAG